UGUGUGUGUGUGUGUGUAUGAGUGAGUGGCUGCUGUGGUGUGGAGAAGGAAUGGAUAAAAUAAAACUGAGAUUUAAAAUCACGGCUUGUGAGACGCUGGAGAAGUGAUGAGAUUGUUUGGUCAGCCACGUAUGGAACAGCACAACCCUACUACCGGAAAUGCAGCUGAAUGGCUUAGUCGCAUUAAGGAUGAAUACAAAGAAGCUUUUAUCUUCAUUAACAAAGGGCUCAGUGCAGAUGAAGCAGGUCAGAAACAAGCAGCAAAGCAGUAUUAUAGACAAGGACAGAAGCAUUUGGUCAAAGGAGUACAUAUUCCAUCAAAUAGUGCAGAAUGCACAGGUCCCCAAUGGGACAAAGCUCGUCAGAUGCAAACUAAAAUGAGAGAAACAUUAAAUAAUAUACAAACAAGAUUGGUUAUUCUAGAGGGUGGAGAAAUACCAGCUGCAUCUCAUCAGCAAGGCUCAUUUUCUGAAACUGCGCGAUCUGAUAAUACAUCAGCAAAACCAAAAAGGCUUUAUCCAGUUAUACCGGUAUCAUCCAAAGAGAAGUCUUCUACCAUGGCCACAACGGGAAACUCUUCAACUCCUGCUGCUACUAACCUGUUGUCACCUGAAGCUCCAUCUGUAUCUAAUGAGCAACCCCCGAUGUAUACACCUCAGGCUGUUGGUGGGCACUUGACCAUAUCCUAUGGGACUGAGUCUGGUGAAUUUGUUGUUGUUGGUGAUGAAAUGUUUGCACAAAGAACCCAGCCUCCUCCAGUGGAAUCGCUUGGCACAAAUGCCAAUGAAGUGCUCCUAAUUCAACAGGGUGUGCAGAUAUUCUAUGUGACACCUGAUGGAAAUGUGAGCGCUCCCUCCUAUCCUGGAUACCUCCGGAUUGUCAAUUUCUCUGAUGCAAGCAAUUGUGGAUCACAAAAUCAACCACGUGCCUUUCUGCAGGUAUGUGACUGGCAGUUCCCACUCAUGUCCAGUCAGUCCAUUGUCCUGAAAUGUAAUAGUGGAGUCUACAUGUUUCCUGAUGUAAUGUCGCAAGUUCCAGGGUCCUAUGUUGGUGUUGUACUAUCGUCUGAACUGCCAGCAGCAGAUCGAGAACUCUUUGAAGUCCUGCUUAGACAAAUGGCAGUUUUAAAAGUCCAGAAUUCAGUCAAAUUUGAAGAUUUAAGAAGAGUACUUAAAAAGGAUCCGGAAGCUUCACCUGAUGUAAUUAAUUUGAGCCAAAUCGUGCCUGUUGAUUCUGAAGGAGAGCCCAGUGACAGAGAGAGAGCUGUCCCGGAGUGGAGUGAAAAAGUAUCCAAUGGAAUUCUCUCAGGAGCUUCAUGGUUAAGCUGGGGUCUGGUUAAAGGAGCUGAAUUCACUGGUAAAGCAAUCCACAAAGGAGCUUCUAAACUGAGGGAACACAUUCAACCAGAUGAUAAGCCUUCAACAGUUAGUCCAACUAUGGCCAAGGGGCUGAAUGUGGCAAGACAAGCAACAGGGACCGCUGUGAAAGCCAGCCAGUUUUUAGUUGAUGGAGUCUGUACUGUUGCUGGUUCUGUUGGAAAACACCUGGCUCCACAUGUAAAGAAACAUGGAAGUAAACUGAUCCCGGAGUCUAUAAAGAAUGAUAGCAACUCACAGGCCAAUCUAGAUGGAGCCUUGGUGGUGGCAGCAAGUGGAGUUCAAGGAUUUGCAACAGUCUGGAAUGGGUUGGAGCGAGCAGCAAAGUGCAUAGUGACAAAUGUUGCAUCAGAGACAGUUCACACAGUGCAACAUAAGUAUGGGAAUGCUGCUGGCCAAGCUACAGACAAUGCUGUGAACUCUGCCAUCAAUGUUGGUGUAACCGCUUUUAAUAUAGACCAUCUGGGUAUCAAGGCUGUGGUGCGACGUACCGCAAAAGAGACUGGCCACGCUAUUCUUGAUGACUACAAAAUGCAAGAAAAAAAGGAGGAAAAGAAAGAAUAACUUCAGCUUCGAUAAUAUUCUUUACCCUUAAAAAUUAAGCUGGUAGAGCCUCAAAUUAUAACAUGGAAUGUAAGCAGAUACACAAAUACUUUAUUUUGCUGAAUAAAACUUUGGACAUCGGCUUUAGUUUUGCGGACAGUAGAUCAGGUUUGACAGAAAUUGCUGUGUUUGCGGUGUUUUGGUUGGUUGAAAAUGCUAGUAUAUGGAUUCAUAUGAAGAAUAAAGCCCUGGGACCUUCACCCUUUAAACAAGAGCAAAUAUCAAUUUAUUAAUUUGCACAAUUGUAUUUCUUGUUUUGGAAAGCAAAUGAGUGCUCACCACUGCUAAGUUAUUGAACUCUUCUUUCAACAGCAUAUGGGAUCUUGAGAUAAAUGGGGAUAUAUGUUGAUGCUUAUGAUUUCAUAAGGUGCAGGUUUAAGCAGUGUGCAAAGACAUUUCUUAAUAUAGUCCUUAAUUCUUCUGCUGAUGAAUAUCUAUUUAAAUGGAAAUCAAAAUACUUUUUUUUUUAAAAAAAUCAAUCCCAGCAGAAUGGUUAAAUAGGCCUUAUACUAGAACUUUGUUUACAAAAUUCACUGUGUAGCAAACUGCAUCACUGAUUUAAAUAUAUAUGAGGAAUUUGAAUAAUUCUGUAGGCACACUGGAAUUUUGUUCGGACUGCAGUAUGGAUCUUUCCUAUCCAAUACCAAGGAUUCAAAAGAAAAACUACAAAGGAUGGCUACAGCAUCACAAGGUUUUCCUUGAAUGCCAAAAUGCACAAGACAUUUUAGUGUUAAAAACAAAUCUCACGUUGGUAUAUUGCAUGAUGAAAUUGAGCUUGGGACUGUAGCUAAAAAUGAUCAGAAUGGUAGUGGCUGUUGGAAUCUGGCCAUCACAUCCACUCUCAGAAGUGAAUAAGAAAUGUCAGGUUGUAUGAAGGAAGAGGCCAGAAUAUUGAUGCUAUGAGUACACUGCCCGAUUAAUGUGACAUUAAUGGAGCAUCAUUUGCAAAAUAAUAUUUGGUCCUUUUUAUGAGGUAACAGUAACUAAAAGGAGCAGGUGAUAUUUAUGGACUAGUUUAGUAAACUUAAUAUUGCUUGUAACCUUUGUGAAUAUGUCUGAUCCACAAUAGAAGGUUUGGUUGAUAUUACCUUCUGAGCUUUGUUUGACAGUUUUGUGUAACUAACUGACGAAUGAACUUAAAUGUACAAAAGUGAAAUGGUUCUUGAAUGAAAAAAUAUGAUGUACAUCUUAUAUAUUUUGUUCAGAGAUGAAAAUGUUCUAAUCCAGAAUCGAGUAUGGAUAUGUGGUAGCUUAUGGAACAAGGAAUGAGUAAUUUAAAUGUAUUGGUUGUAAAAAGUGAAAUGGUUCCAGAUUGAAGCACUCUUAUGUACAUCUUGUAAAUGUUAUAUUUCUUUCCCAAAGCAAUUUACUGACCAAAAAGUAUUAUUUCUGAAGCGUUACUUAAUAAAAUUAAUACAAUUUAAAUUUUCAA